AAAACGACUGGUAGUUACAAGUGCGCUUUCUCCAAUUUUCAUGACCACCCUAACUUUCUUCCAAAAUCAUCAAAUAGCCAAAACUUCUCACUGCAAUCCCCCGAUUUUGGACCCAUCUCUUUCCUAAUCGAAACUUACCCAGUUGUUAGCUCGAAGAAAUGUUGUUGGGCCAUACGGACGGUCUAUCAGAGCUUAGGUUAUCAUCACAGAAUCAGCUACUUGCUGAUCCGGAAUCCGAUGAUGACACUGCAGACAGUUCCGAGCCGAUUCUAUACUCGGCUUCCUUUGAUGAGCUUGGAGAAAACAUUAUUCAGUAUGAAACUGUUAUAUGGCUCUCUAUAUCGCUGUUGCUGGUUUUAGCGUGGGGUGUAGGGAUCAUCAUGCUACUUUAUCUUCCCAUCCGGAGAUACAUUCUUCGGAAGGAUAUUUCCUCGCGCAAAUUAUAUGUUACACCUAGCGAGAUAGUUUACAAGGUUUCGAGGCCAUCAUUCAUACCCUUUUUGGGCAUCACAACAAUUGAGAAGCACAUACCCCUUUCUCUGGUGAUUGAUAUCAUCAUUGAACAAGGAUGCUUGCAGUCAAUUUAUGGAAUACACACCUUUAGAGUUGAAAGUAUAGCGCAUGGAAAAGCCGCGCCUAUAGAUGAACUACAGAUUCAAGGCGUUUCUGAUCCUAGUAUUCUGAGGAAGGUCAUCAUAACAGAAGCUUCGAAGAUUAUGCUUGAUGUUGGUAAAAGUUGGAGGCCUACUGCUCUAGCCGCUGAAGGGGAAACUGGUGUUCGUGUGGGAUCAUUGACCGAGGGACCAGCUAUUUUGAGAUCACCAGUCAAAAGCGUGAAGAUGACAGCUUCACCACGCUACUCUCCAAUGGACCGCAGAGGCAUAGUUCCUGGAGAUUUACUCAUUCAUAAACUUGAAGAAGUAAAUAAAUCUGUAAAGAAACUCGAGUUUCUUAUCGAGAAGUCAAAUACUCCUUUUCAAGCAGCGGAAGCAAAAUCAGAUCCGAUCCACGCUGAAGAUGCAGGUGUCAGUCAAUGAUGAAGAAGAUAGAAGAUAGGCAGUACACUUGAUAUUUGAUUUCAAGCUGCUGCUUUUAAUAGGUUUUUUUUUUUUUUUUUUACUGUAGGGACGUUGGUUUUCAUGGAUUUUUGCCAGAGUUGAUAUGAAUUUUGAUAAUAGAGGGAUGGUGUAAUUAAUUGGUCUACUUGCUGCUUGGCGUUUGCAAGAGGAAUCCCUUAUCACAUGGGAGUCUCAGCAGUGUCGAGCGUUGUAUUUGAGUGCAUACUCCGUGCCCAGCAAAGCUUCUCUGAACCUUAGUCCUGCAUAGUUUUCUAGUCUAUGAUUUUUUUUCCAUUUUUUUUUUCCAAAGGUCAGAAAUACUGUUAAGCAGUUGUCAAGAUUUUGAUUUGUUGGUUUAUCAAAGGCUAUUUACAAAAAUACCAUAGCACCUGGUCU